UCAUAGUGUGAAACAUGGAAGACAAUGUAUGCAAAACCAUGAUGUUCUCUUUGCUCUUUCUUGUUCUUUGCAUUACUGGUAAACUGAUUUCUAAAUUCUGGUGGGGACCCAAGAGUGUCGAGAAACAAUUGAGGAAACAAGGGGUUCGAGGUAAUUCUUACAAGCUCUUUAACGGUGAUGUGGAGGUGCUGAAGAAGUGUACAGCGGAGGCACUGUCUAUGCCUAUCAGCUUGAACCACCAAAUUGUGCCGCGUGUCAUGCCUUUCUUUCAUCAGAUGGUGGAGAACCAUGGAAAAGUGUCACUGAGUUGGUUUGGUAGGGUACCAAGGCUGAUAGUGGCAGAUGCAGAGCUAAUAAGGACAAUAUUAGCAGAUCAGAAUGGUCAUUUUACAAAGCCACCAAUACUUAACCCUUUAGUUGAACUUCUGCAAUUGGGUAUCGCAACCUUGGAGGGUGAAGCUUGGGCUAAACGCAGAAAACUAAUAACACCUGCUUUCCACUUUGAGAAAUUAAAGGCAAUGGAGCCAGCAUUCUUAGCCAGUUGUUGCAGCCUAAUCGAUCGGUGGGAAAAAAAAAUUGAAGCUCAAGGAUCAUGUGAAGUAGAUGUUGCUCCAGAGUUUAACAUUCUAGCUGGAGAUGUUAUUGCUCGAACUGCAUUUGGAAGUAGUUAUGAAGAGGGAAAGAUGAUAUUUGAAUUGCAGACAAAGCAGGUUCAGCUUGUGCGUGAAGCCUAUCUCAGCAUCUGUUUUCCUGGUUUAAGAUUUAUUCCCACUAAGAAAAACAAAAUGAGGUACCAAAUAUACAACCAAGUCAAAGCAAUAUUGAAGGAUAUGAUCCAUAAGAAAGAGAAGGAAAUGAUGAAAGGUGAACUGAAAAGGGAUUGUUUGUCGAGUAUUCUAUUGCAUUGCAAUGGACAGAGUAAUAAUUCUCUCACAAGUGAGCAUUUGAUAGAGGAAUGCAAGUUGUUCUACUUUGCUGGCCAAGAGACAACUGCCAAUCUUCUUACAUGGACUAUGGUUGUUUUCUCCAUGCAUCAAAAUUGGCAAGAAAAGGCAAGGGCAGAUGUAUUAGAUAUUUGUGGCAAAAAAGAACCUAAUUUUGAAGCCAUAAAUUGCCUAAAGAUUGUAUCAAUGGUACUAAAUGAAGUCCUAAGGUUGUAUCCUCCUGUGCCAAAAUCUUUGAGGUACACUAAAUGUGCAACACAGAUAGGAAGCAUGUAUGUACCUGAAGGGGUUGAGAUUUAUUUACCAUUCAUGCUUCUUCACUAUGAUGAGAAUAACUGGGACAACCCAGAGGAGUUUAACCCUGAAAGAUUUGCUGAAGGGGUUUCAAAAGCUUCAAAAGGUCAAAUUGCUUUCUAUCCAUUUGGUUGGGGCCCAAGAAUUUGCCUAGGUCAAAACUUUGCACUGAUAGAGGCAAAGAUGGCUCUGGCUAUGAUUCUUCAACAUUUCUCAUUCCAGCUUUCACCCACUUACACUCAUGCUCCAUAUGAUCACAUUACUCUUAAGCCACAAUAUGGAGCUUCUAUUAUUGUGCAAUCUAUAAAUUAG